UUAUUUUCUACAGCAUUUCUCCCUUUAUAGCUGUCUGUUUGCAUGCUGAUUGGAAACAGUGGGAUCGUUUUCAUCAUGCCUACAGUGGUGGUAAUGGAUGUAUCCCUUUCCAUGACCCGACCUGUGUCUGUGGAGGGGUCCGAGGAAUAUCAGCGCAAGCACCUAGCAGCCCAUGGUUUGACCAUGCUUUUUGAGCACAUGGCCACAAUUACAAGCUUGAAUUUACAGCUCUGGUGGUUUUUUCAUCACUCUGGGAGCUGAUGGUUCCCUUCACAAGAGAUUAUAACACCCUACAGGAAGCACUAAGUAAUAUGGAUGAUUAUGACAAAACCUGCUUGGAGUCUGCAUUAGUUGGUGUUUGCAAUAUCGUUCAGCAAGAAUGGGGCGGUGCAAUUCCUUGCCAGGUUGUUCUGGUGACAGAUGGCUGUCUUGGCAUUGGUAGAGGAUCCCUGCGGCAUUCUCUAGCAACUCAUAAUCAACGAAGUGAGAGCAACAGAUUUCCACUACCUUUUCCUUUCCCAUCUAAGUUAUACAUCAUGUGCAUGGCAAAUUUGGAGGAGCUUCAGAGCACUGAUUCCCUGGAUUGCCUUGAACGUCUCAUAGAUUUAAAUAAUGGUGAAGGGCAGAUCUUUACUAUUGAUGGCCCGCUAUGCCUGAAAAAUGUACAGUCUAUGUUUGGAAAACUGAUAGACCUGGCAUAUACGCCUUUCCAUGCUGUUCUCAAGUGUGGCCACCUGACUGCUGAUGUGCAAGUCUUCCCCAGGCCAGAACCUUUUGUUGUUGAUGAGGAAAUCGAUCCUAUCCCUAAAGUAAUUAAUACAGAUUUGGAAAUAGUGGGGUUUAUUGAUAUAGCUGAUAUUUCAAGUCCCCCUGUUCUGUCCAGACAUCUGGUUCUACCCAUAGCACUUAACAAAGAAGGUGAUGAGGUGGGCACUGGCAUAACUGAUGACAAUGAAGAUGAAAAUUCAGCCAAUCAGAUUGCAGGCAAAAUACCCAACUUUUGUGUCCUGCUCCAUGGCAGCCUAAAGGUGGAAGGAAUGGUGGCAAUUGUUCAACUAGGUUCUGAAUGGCAUGGAAUGCUCUACUCCCAAGCUGACAGCAAGAAGAAAUCAAACCUCAUGAUGUCUCUCUUUGAACCUGGCCCAGAACCUCUCCCAUGGCUAGGGAAAAUGGCACAGUUGGGUCCUAUUUCAGACGCUAAAGAAAACCCUUAUGGUGAGGAUGACAAUAAGAGUCCAUUCCUGCAGCCCAAAAACAAACGCAGUUACGCCCAGAAUGUGACUGUCUGGAUCAAACCCAGUGGCCUGCAGACAGAUGUACAGAAGAUUUUAAGAAAUGCAAGGAAACUACCUGAAAAAACACAGACAUUCUAUAAGUAUCUUGGAUUUGGAACACCAUCUAAUCUGGGAAAAGGCAGAAGGGCUGCAGCUGCUGCUGCAGACCUGGCCAAUCGAAGUGGAGAAUCAAAUACUCACCAAGAUAUUGAAGAAAAAGAUCGACUAUUACGUCACGUGGAAGCUAGAGAUCUCAUUGAAUUUGGCAUGAUUCCUGAGUUUGUGGGACGGUUGCCUGUGGUAGUUCCUUUGCAUAGCCUCGAUGAAAAAACACUUGUACAAAUACUAACUGAGCCACGUAAUGCUGUUAUUCCUCAGUACCAGGCUUUAUUCAGCAUGGACAAGUGUGAACUGAAUGUUACUGAGGAUGCUUUGAAAGCUAUAGCCAGAUUGGCACUAGAACGAAAAACAGGUGCACGAGGCCUUCGGUCAAUAAUGGAAAAGCUGUUAUUAGAACCAAUGUUUGAAGUUCCUAAUUCUGAUAUUGUUUGUGUGGAGGUUGACAAAGAAGUGGUAGAAGGGAAAAAGGAACCAGGAUAUAUCCGAGCUCCAACGAAAGAAUCAUCUGAAGAGGAAUAUGACUCUGGAGUUGAAGAAGAAGGGUGGCCUCGCCAAGCGGAUGCUGCUAACAGCUAAACUGUCAGACUUCUGUCCUGUAUAUAAAGCUUUUCCUUCCUUUGUUUAGGAUCAUAACUGUCUCUACAGUCUGACAUUAAAAGCAUUGGAUCUAUUUUGGAUAUCAUACAUGGUCAGAAACCUUUAGGAUAAAAACAGAUCAUGUAUAUUAUGUAACAUCACAUUGAUUUAUACAGAGGACAUUAUGUAGACUUUAAUGACAGAAUGUUAAGAGAAAACAAUGUACAUUAUUUUGGUUGUUUUUAAAAAAUAUGCUUUAACAAAAUUCUUAGGAGUUCUUUUAAGCAAUGCAGGUAUUGCAAUAACUGUGGAUUUUACAAUAAUGUUACUCUACAAAUGGGAAAAUAAAUUCUUUAAAAUUGAAGUUUGGGAAUCUUAAGUUUAACUCUUUUUUACCCAUAUUUGUUUCCUGAAAACAUGAGAACUCUGUUCACCUUAAAAAGUGGAACAGGUGGUUUCCAAGUAGUUAAAACUUUGAUGGGAAAAGUACCCUGGAAAAACUUUGAUUUGUUUAGCUGUAUUCUUAAGCCUAAUGCAUGACACUAACUUCCCAAUUGGUACGUUCAAAAGGUCAUUAUCUUGUUGACUGUCUGAUUUGCUAUCUUUAUACCAUAAAUGAGCAGAUGGAAUUGAAGUAUGCCUUGAAUCUUCAGGAAAAGUCUAUACAUCUAAAAGUAGCAUGCACCUUCAGUCAUGGAACAGCCAUGUGCUGAACUAAAUAAAAAUCCUAUUACUGUGCACUUACUUGAAGUACCUAGCUAGUUUUGUUUUGUUUGAUGCUGGAUAUUUCUUUGGCUUCAUAGAUCAUUAAAAAAAAUCUGUUUGCCGUCACAAAAAUUAAUAUACUCACACUAAAAGUUACUAACCGUCAUUAUAUAACAAACAGUAGGAGAAAUUUGGAGGACGUAAAAAUAAAAAUUACUGGAUUCUUAAAUAUUAAAGUAUUUGGGUGCUUUUAAAGUUAUUUUAUUUCCCUCUAUAAUGUUGAUACCAGUCUAUAUUAUUUAUUUAGUUCAACCUAUUUGAAAUUAUUUAAAUCAGAGUACAUUCAGAUAUUUGUUUUUCUUUUUUGGUUUUCAAAAUUGAGUUUUCCUAUUAUUCCCUUGUUCUUAGGAAAAGAACCUGAAGGUAUUAGCAAAUUCUAAAUCCUAUUAAUGAAGAGUUGGACUUUCUAUGAUGUCAUAAGAGACUUGCGAUAUCUAUCUCUGUAAGGUUGAGGUAGGACCAGAAAUGCACUUUUGCAGAAUGUUUAAGGCUGGCUGCUAAUAGUAUAGAACAGAAACAGGUAUUCUUCUUAGUCUCCCUUAUAAUGGUUAAAGUUCUGCUCAGAAAGAACUUGUAACUGUUCAUUAUCUUUUAUUGCAUCAUUUUCCUUUUUGUAGAGUGAAAAUUGGUGUGGCUUCUAAAAUUGGUGUAGCUUCCAGAAAUGGACUGGGAGACAUUAUAGUCACGACGACUUAGAUUUGGUUUUGGAAGUUAUUAACAAAGCAUAAUUGAUGUUUUUAAAUCAAACACAACUGAGUAUAACUACAAUUUGUAUCUUGAAACUUGUUUUGCCAUUUGAAUAAAACAAAAGGAAUAAAUGAAAACCAGUGUGGUGUGUGUCCAUAAUGCAGUGCCAUUUUUAAAAGGACACAAAUGUCAUGAGCUACUUUAUUCUAAUGAUUGGUUAAUCCUGUCACUUUUAUAUACCUCCAAUAAAUUCUAGUCAUAGAUUCCACAGACAGAAA